AUGAACAGACUGCGGAACCAGGUAAGGCUGUUUGUAGAGCAUGGUCAUGAAGACAACCUUGAGGUGAGUGGCUUCAAUUUGCAGCACGAGGCAGCCUUUGUCGAAAAUGGCUCAGGACACAGGGUUUCGUUUGUUGUCGGAGAUCAUCCGGAAGAGAGGGACCCAAUGCGGCCCGGCACACCUGCCUUUCUCCCGGAGACUCUUGAUGCUGGUUAUCUCGCGGACAGUGAGGGCGAAGUCGGUGACUUCCCAUCUUCUCAGCCUGCGUCUCCGUCCCCAAGUCCCAAGCCGCUGCCGAGCCUACCCCAUCCUGUCCGGGACCUUUUGCCUUCGGAGUUUUGGGACGAUGAUGCUCCGGUCGAGUCGUCGUCUGGGCAGUUGCCAAAAUUGUUCGCGCCGGUGCCCCUGCGGCCCUUUGGGGGUGUUUACGGAAACGCAGAGCUGCUCCUCGCAGGUUAUACCUCCGACAGUGAGCGGCCCACCUCCCUGCCCGUAGACUCCAGCUUCUCGGAGAUCCCUAAGAAAUUUCUUGAGAGACGUGUGGCGCAUUGGCAGGCUGCAAUGGCCCGAGAGUCUCGAGGAAUUUAA